AUGGGCAGCCUGGCCUGGUCGGCCCGGCCCGACCUUGUCCAUGGCCCAUAUUUUGCCCUUGGGCCUGUAUCAAGCCUCUCUAGCCCACUCCCGACGCCCUGCUCUGCUCUGUUCACGCGGCGCGAAGGUGUCCCUCUUCUUCCCAAAUCCGGCACCGGCGAGGCGGCGACGACAGAGCGGUGGUCGGGGGGCAAUGGAGCCGCGCCAUCCGCCCACCUCGUCCAAGUUCCUCGCCGCGGUGGAUCUCGGGACCCCGCACACAGCUCCGCUGGUAGGCGGGCGGCGCGGCCACGACCGCGAGCUUCUCCGGCGGCAGUCUUCUGUUCUCAUCACUCGAUACCUGCUGUGCAAUUCAUUGGUCUGAGGCAUCUACGCAACAAAGAUAUGGCAAGUGCAUAUGAUGAACUCGAGAAGAGGCUUCAAGAUUCAAAUGCUGCACCAACCAGAAUCCCACUAGAAUAUUUGAAAGCCAUCACAUCUGAUUUUUCUGCUGAGUCAGUGCUGGGGGCAGGUGGGUAUGGAGUGGUUUACAAGGGUUGUAAUUGGAGAUAAUCAGACAGUGUCAAUGGUGGAGAUCCAUGGUGAAGAACCAGUUGCUAGAGAGGGGAACGAUGAAAUUAUAUAUGAACUACCGCGUUGGUUGGUACACAUACCGUCGAAACAAACAAUUUCAACAGUUGAUCCUGGGGCUGGGUGCUAUAAUAAUAAUGUUUCUUCUUUAUGCUCUUUUUUACAAGGAAGAGGAAGAGUUGUUUUUUCAUGAAGACAAUCGUCUUUGCUUUUCUUAAUCCUACGGGAAAAACUGUUGAAGACAAUGCAAUGCUCUUUUACAUGGUAUUCGCAAGUA